AUGCAUUCCCAUCUACACACAAAGGAUAACAUCGGGUGCGAAGAGAUCAUGAACGCCCUCGACGAGUGCCACGCCCGUGGCUUCCUCUACAAGGCCAUCGGUGGCUGUAAUGACAUAAAGCGGGAGGUCAACAAAUGUUUGUCGGGCGAACGGACAAAGAAGAGUCGAAAGAACCGAGAGACUGCCCUUGAGCGGCGGGCGAGGAUCGAAGCUGUAUGGGCCAAAUUCGACGAGGGCGACUACUCGGCAUUGGAACAAUUCACGAAAUCGAAAUAA